AUGGAAACCUUCAACCAUAAUUGUUCCAGGUUCGCAACAGAUUCCGGUCAGGUUCUCAACGUCUGCUUUAUGUUACUUCUGUCCGUUGCCAUAACGUUGGGUAACGUGGUCAGUCUGACCAUCUUCCUUGGCUCCCGACGUUUCCGGACCCCCCAGGGGUACCUGAAGGCCUCUCUGGCUACAGCAGAUCUAGCAGUGGGGGUACUGGUCAUCCCCUACUCCAUCCAUACAGAGAUACAGACACUACUGGCGGGAAGAGAAGGUGUGUAGGUCUACUAACAUUCUGAUUAAGUUCACAUAAUUUUCUAAUGUUCUGAUAUACACUACUCAAAAAAUAAAGGGAACACUUAAACAACACAAUGUAACUCCAAGUCAAUCACACUUCUGUGAAAUCAAACUGUCCACUUAGGAAGCAACACUGAUUGACAAUACAUUUCACAUGGUGUGGGGUGGCAUUUCUUUGGGGGGCCGCACAGCCCUCCAUGUGCUCGCCAGAGGUAGCCUGACUGCCGUUAGGUACCGAGAUGAGAUCCUCAGACCCCUUGUGAGACCAUAUGCUGGUGCGGUUGGCCCUGGGUUCCUCCUAAUGCAAGACAAUGCUAGACCUCAUGUGGCUGGAGUGUGUCAGCAGUUCCUGCAAGAGGAAGGCAUUGAUGCUAUGGACUGGCCCGCCCGUUCCCCAGACCUGAAUCCAAUUGAGCACAUCUGGGACAUCAUGUCUCGCUCCAUCCACCAACGCCACGUUGCACCACAGACUGUCCAGGAGUUGGCGGAUGCUUUAGUCCAGGUCUGGGAGGAGAUCCCUCAGGAGACCAUCCGCCACCUCAUCAGGAGCAUGCCCAGGCGUUGUAGGGAGGUCAUACAGGCACGUGGAGGCCACACACACUACUGAGCCUCAUUUUGACUUGUUUUAAGGACAUUACAUCAAAGUUGGAUCAGCCUGUAGUGUGGUUUUCCACUUUAAUUUUGAGGGUGACUCCAAAUCCAGACCUCCAUGGGUUGAUCAAUUUGAUUUCCAUUGAUCAUUUUUGUGUGAUUUUGUUGUCAGCACAUUCAACUAUGUAAAGAAAAAAGUAUUUAAUAAGAUUAUUUCAUUCAUUCAGAUCUAGGAUGUGUUAUUUUAGUGUUCCCUUUAUUUUUUUUGAGCAGUGUACUAUUGUUCCAACAUGCCGAUGUUAUAUUAAACAAUCUGAUGUUCUUUUGUUAAUUUGUUCUAACAUUCUGUGAUCCCUGGCUGGUUCCCUUCCACAGAACCACAGCCACAGGGGUUUAGUCCCUGUUUCCUGAUAGGGCCCAUAUUCGCUGGGUGUACGUUAGUUUCAGUGACCACCAUCUUCAUGCUGUCAGUGGAGAGGGGUAUAACGGUGCUGAAACCCCUGCAUAAGAACCUGGUGGUGACCAGAGAAAGGACUCUGUGGCUGAUCGCCCUCUCCUGGCUGUUCUGCUUCCUCCUGGCUGUCUCCCCUCUCUUCCUCAGAGGCAAUAUCACUCUGGAGUACAACCUCUGCAGCAAGAUGUGCAACUACGCCCUCUCACCAGGAGAGAGGCAAUAUUAUCAAGAACAUAAGGUUAGUACAUGAGACUGAGUUGGAGUUGUCCUCUGACUGUCCUCAAUCUUUCUCUCUCUCUCUCUCUCUCUCUCUCUCUCUCUCUCUCUCUCUCUCUCUCUCUCUCUCUCUCUCUCUCUCUCUGUCUGUCUCUGUCUCUGUCUCUCUCUCUCUCUCAGUCUCUCUCUCUCUCUCUCUCUCUCUCUCUCUCUCUCUCUCUCAGUCUCUUUCUCUCUCUCUCUCUGUCUCUCUGUCUCUCUCUCUCUCUCUCUCUCUCUCUCUCUCUCAGUCUCUCUCUCUCAGUCUCUUUCUCUCUCUCUCUCUGUCUCUCAGUGAAAUUACUGGGGAGAUGAUGAGAAACAAACUGAUGCCAGGUGGUCCUGUUUAUUUUAAUAAAACCUCUUUGAGUCAAGUCUAAUAGACUGUGAAAGACUUUAUGUAACAGGUGCUUCAGAUUCAUUGCUUUUCUCUCUCUCUCUCUCUCUCUCUCUCUCUCUCUCUCUCUCUCUCUCUUUCUGUCUCACACACACACGCACACACACAGACACUCACAUGCACACACACACACACACGUACACACACGCACACACACACACACACUCUUUUUUAUAUAAAAAUGCAUUAUCCUAGCUUUGCAGAGCAGUCUUGCCUCGUGAUAUUUAAUAUAUUUUAAUAUCUCACCCUCUCUCUCUCCGUCCUCUGCUCCAGAGCACCACUUGGGGAGGGUGGAGUGUGAUGCUUCUCUUCCCCGCCUUCGACAUCUCUCUCCUGGGGGCCACCUCAGUCGUCAACCUGGUCACCUUCUCCGCUGUCCGCCGCUUCUGCCGCGCAAGGAAGCAAGUGCUCACUAAAGCUCAACACACACACACGGGUCCGGCAUAUUCCGACCUGCAAGCGGCCAAGACCAUUCUCAUCCUUACGGCCUUCCUCUUAGCCUCGGUGGUCCCUGUGGCAGUUCUCGUGGUGGGGAGUGUUUUAGGUGUAGACUGGUGCCGGUUCUCCCGCUAUGCCUUCUGGCUUCUAGCCUGCAGUAGUGGGUGGAACGUUCUGAUCUACAGUGCACGGGACCGCCGGUUCCGUCAGAGGGUGCAGGAGCUGUUCCUGGGGAAAGGGGGCAGCAGGAGGCGGGUACAGGGGGGCGCAGAGCCUGGUCGGACCCCUGCGGUGGCUCAUUGGGGUAGAGGAAGGUCGGGACGCUGUGUGGCGGUCAUCAGUAAUGUCUUGACCCCUGACUUUACAGUACUCACCCCAGAGAUCACCAUCAGACAUGAGGUCACCACGGUCACCAGUCUUAGGAGGACAGAAGACAGGUCACCUAUUUGUUCUAAAAAUAUAUAA